AUGCUUCCUCAAGUCAAAAUUUUCAUCAUCCUCUUCCUGCUCUUUGAUUUGCCAAUUUCAGGCAGAGCUGACAGCUUCAAGGAUGGCAUAGAGCUCACCUACUCAAGUGGUCAUGAGGUGAAUAUUAUUGAGAUGAUGAAAGGGAGAAAGCUGCUUCUUGCACUUGAUGCAAUGCUGGAUUAUCAGGAGCCAGGGGCCAAUCCAGGGCAUGAACCACGUAAAGGUGGAGGUAGAGGUCGUUGA